AUGUCAGAUCUCCGAAAUCGCUCUCCUGUGUUGCGCCCUGCUGAGCCCGCUUUUAGGCCCGAAAAGUCUCGUGAUCAUAACUCACCAUCUCCCAAAGCGCAAGCUCAGUCCAAAUCCUCUCUCAUAACUGCACAGAGAGUGCUCUGGGCAUGUUCUGUGUCCCUUGCCGCACUGUAUUUUAUCUUUCUGCAUGCUCGAGAGAGUAGCCUCAGAGAUACAUACGCUGUGUGCUCCAAAGAGGGACCCAACAUCUAUACCGUCGAUCCUGCCAACCCCCGUGUCCAAUGCUUGGUGGUCGACGGAAAGACCAUCCUCGAUACAGGAUCUUUUGAGGAGGUACAGCGUCGCUGGCUCGCGAUGGUUUCUGGCCGGCAAAGCAACAUGGCUCUCUCACUAACUCAGCUGCGCCUCCCUACCCAUUUCAUCGACACGGGAGCGAUUAUUGUGCCAGGCCUCAGUGACUCGCAUGCCCACAUGUUGGAGUAUGGGGCUAGCCGCCUCAUCCCCCUUGAAUCCGCCAAAACCGCGGAAGCGGCGGCCACUCUGGUUAAGGAAUAUAUCUUGUCAGACCCUGACAUUUUACGCGACAAGGAGAAAAUCGUAAUGGGUUGGGGGUGGGACCAUACCCGCUGGGAAGGGCAGCAGUUCCCAACGGCUGCCGCUCUUGAUGCGGAUCCCAUCGUGCGGAAUCGUCGCGUCGUCCUGCAGAGCAAGGACGGACAUGCUCUUUGGGUAAACGGAAAAGUGCUUAAAGAAAUGUACCCUCUUCCUGGCACUGUUGAGGGAGGAUUCAUCAUCAGGGACGAGGCCGGUAACCCGACAGGAUGCCUGAUCGAUAACGCUCAACUUCUGGUCCCCGUGCCUCCUCCGACACAGGCCGAUUUGGAGAAACAGUUCCGGCUCGUGGUUGACGAUGCGCUUUCCUUUGGCUUGACAUCGAUUCACGAUGCAGGUUUUGAUCCGAAGUCUUUGGAGUUCUUCAAAGGCUUGGCAGAGGAAAACAGGUUACCUAUUCGUAUCUAUGGCAUGACAUAUUUCGACGAGAACGCACCAUAUUGGGGUAAUCUUUCGAAGCCCAUAAUUGGCGCUGCUGACGGGCGAUUCACUGCACGGAGCGUGAAGAUAUUUGCUGACGGUGCCUUACGGUCCGGAGGAUCGGCACUCUUUGAACCUUAUACGGAUAAUCCGUCCACAAGAGGGUUGAUGAGGACUGAUCCGAGCGUCCUAAGGUCCUUCAUACCUCGAUUCUUGGCGGAUGAGUGGCAAGUGAACGUUCAUGCUAUCGGAGACCGGGCGAACGCAAUCGUCCUCGACGCAUUCGAGGAAGCCCUCCAGGGUGCGAAUGUAACGGCCCUCCGCCCUCGUAUCGAGCAUGCUCAGAUGGUCAGACACGUUGAUAUGGCUCGGAUGGGCAAGAUUGGCGUUAUUGCGAGUAUACAGCCCACACAUGCACCAAGUGAUAUGUACUUCGCUGAAGACCGGCUGGGACCUGAACGCGUGAAGCUGCUGUAUGCUUUCCGGUCUAUGAUCGACAAUGGUGCCCGGAUUGCUUUGGGUUCGGACGGCCCGGUCGAGACCAUCAAUCCUUUGGCUGGCUUCUACGCCGCUAUCACUCGUCUUGCCCCGGACGGUACGUCCACGCACGGCCCAGAUGGAUGGUUCCCCGAGCAGCGUCUCACACGCGAAGAAGCCUUGAAGGGAAUGACUCUUGACGCAGCGUAUGCAUCGUUCACGGAAUCCACAUUGGGGUCGCUGACGCCUGGAAAACGAGCCGACUUCACUGUCCUCUCCAAGGACAUCAUGGAGAUACCGGCUUCGGAAAUUUUGGCCACUGAAGUACUGACGACAGCAAUCGAUGGAAAGCCAGCGUAUGGGAAAUUUUGACUGAGUAGGCGUAGCAAGAAGUCUUUCGAAAAGCGCUGGGAGGUGUACAGUUUAAUGAGCAUGAUAUCUAUAUCGAGGGUUCUUUUUCUUUUCUUUCACUGUUCUUUUUCGGCAGCCGUUGAGUGGUCUCUGGGAGAUCCUGCUCGGCUGCCGAACGAACUUCGCGUGGGCUGUUGAACUUUGUUGACUUCUGUUAUUCUCUCUGCACGGAUACCCCUUGAAGCGGCAGUGAGAA